AUGGAUAGCAGUGGAGUUCAAGGACUUAAAGGCAGUUGGGACUAUGUUGAUGGUGAAAAUUUUGAUGAAUAUAUGAAAGAGAUUGGUGUUGGAUGGGCAUUACGUAUGACUGCUAAAGGAAUUAAACCUCGUCUUACUAUCAGCGAAUCAGGCGGCAAAUGGACUGUACGAUCAGAAAGUGCAAUUAAAACGGUUACUUAUGAAUUUACACCUGGUAUUGAAUUUGAUGAAACAACACCUGAUGGACGUGAAGUUAAAUCCACUAUUAACUUUGAAGGUAAUAAAUGGAUUCAUACGUCAAUUGAUAAAAAUGGUAAAAAAUCAGUUGUAAUCCGUCAUGUUGACGAUAUAGGGCAACAAAUGAUUAACAUGGAAUCUGGUUCUGUUAAAGCGCGUCGUUGGUACAAACGUGCUGAAUAG